GGUAAAACCGAUUUCGGAUUCGGAGGCUGGGGUGAAAGUGGACGGUGAAUAGAAAAUAGUUAAUGAUUAUUAUAAAUACUUGGUAGUCGUAAUUAGCAUUACAAUUAUUACAAUGGUACCGGCUCCAAAAAUAUAAGAGGCUGUUUUUUAAUAGAUUUUCAUAGAGUUUCUUACGUACUUAUAUGUAGAACAGUGGAAAUGAGUGGGUACAUUGUAUGGUGAAUGAAUCACGAAUGCUUAUGGACGAGGUUUUGUGGAAAAUCACAAGGAGGACUUUAUCGUAACUCAGGUCCAGGAUUAUAUGAAUUUCUUAUGGAGGCCGAGUUACAACAGUAUUACACAGGUAUUAAAGGAGAUCUAAAAGUACAAUCAACUGCCCAAUUAAAAUAUGUGACUGAAGAAGAUUUGACAGCCAUCGGAAUGAGCAAACCAGAAAUGCGUCGUUUAAAAAAAUAUUUCCAAAAACAUUUCCCCCAAAAUUAUUUAUCUAAAUUCAAAAAAAUGCUUUUGCCUAAACGUGAAGAGCCGCCUCCUGGAGCGAUAAAUGUAUUGUCUAUUGAAAAACAAGAUAAGCCGCCGAUAAAAGUUCCAAAUAAACAUAUGAUACCAGCAGACGCAAUAAUCGUUAACAAAGAAUUGGGAAUCGGUGAAUUUGGUAUCGUACAACAAGGGGUAUGGAGUAAUGACGGAGAAAGGAUUCAAGUAGCUAUCAAAUGUUUAUCCCGUGAACGAAUGCAAAAUAAUCCAAUUGAAUUUUUAAAAGAAGCAGCAAUAAUGCAUGCAAUUGAUCAUGAACAUAUUGUCAGAUUGUACGGAGUUGUAUUAGAUACCAAUUCCCUUAUGCUUGUUACGGAAUUAGCACCAUUGAGAUCACUAUUGGAAUGUUUGAAACAGCCAAGUUUACGUGUUAGUUUUCCUGUAAUAUCACUCUGUGAUUUCGCAAUUCAAAUAGCCGAUGGUAUGCAAUAUCUCGAAGCCAAAAGACUGAUUCAUCGUGAUUUAGCGGCAAGAAAUAUUCUUGUAUUUUCGAAAAAUAAAGUCAAAAUAUCGGAUUUUGGAUUAUCCAGAGCCUUGGGGGUUGGUAAAGAUUACUAUCAAACAAAUUUUAAUGUAAAUUUAAAAUUACCCAUAGCUUGGUGUGCACCCGAAUGUAUAUCGUACCUCAAGUUCACAUCUUCCAGUGACGUUUGGGCUUACGGUGUAACACUUUGGGAAAUGUUUAGUUACGGAUUUCAACCGUGGGCGGCUCUGACAGGUCAUCAAAUUUUAGAAGCCAUUGACGAACCAAAUUUCCAACGGCUUGAACAACCAGACUGUUGUCCCAAAGAGUAUUACACAUUAAUGCAACAAUGCUGGCAACAUGAACCCGCAAAACGACCGAAAUUUUCUGAGCUCAUUGAACUACUGCCGGAUUUAAAACCUGAACAGGUACAGGCUGUGCAGGAUAACAGCGAAAUUGGUCAAUUGACGUAUCGUCAAGGCGAUGUCAUAACAGUACUAAAUAAAGGAGUUAAUAAUUUAUUGUGGAAAGGUGUACUGAGUAAUGGAAAAACAGGAUUAUUUAGUCCGGCUCACACUAUUGCAUAUUUGGGAUCAAAUUUACCGAGCAAUAAACCGGGUGAAUUUCUACGAGGUGAUGGUAAAAAUGCAUUUUCAUCUCAUAGACGUAAAAUUCGUACUGAUAUGAUUUCAUCACCGCAAGGUGAUUUACGUCAUACUGGACAUGUUGGUUUAGAUGGAGCAUAUUUUGGUGAUAUAAGUUUUCUUGGUGGUAAGUAUCCGCAUUUACCGCGACAAAUAGUAACUCCUUAUAAACCACAUGAAGAUGCGGCUAAUAAUUCUAGUCAAAUUUUUUAUCAAGAAUCGCUAAAUCAUGAAAAUACUAAUCGUGACAAUGCAAAUGUUAACAAUAAUAAACAUUCGUCAUAUGAUUCACAAACUAAAAAUGAUAAUCUGUGGUCUGAUGCAGCUUCGGGACUUACACAUGUGGACAUGAGUCAUAAGAAUGAUGAUCAAUCGAUUAUAUCAAUGAAUAUUGAUAAUUCUGGUAAUAAUGAUCAUGAAUAUCAUGAGAUAAGUGAUGAAGAGAACCAAGACAGCGCGCUGAGAUUUGACAAGCCGCUUGAUUUUGAUUUCGGUCCGAGUUUAUUGGAUGAAAUGGACCAGAUGUUUCGGUCACUAGGAACAUCAUCUCCUUCAUCACCACCAGGCCAUCCGACAUCUGCUGAACAAGAAUCGAGUAAUGUUAAGAAUGAGCUUCGAGAAAUGCAAUCAAAGCAGAGUAAUAAAAAAAAACAAGCAACUGUUAAGCCAAUAUCAGCAGCUGAUCAAAAAACACUUUACUCUGCAAUAGCGAUGGCACAAGAAUUAACUGCUCGUUCUAUGACAGAUCUUGAGUAUCCACCGGAGUCACCUGUGACGUCUACGAGUCCAUCGAGGCGAAGAAAAUUUUCUUUUAAAUUACCACAUCAACACAGUCCUAAACCGGACAGGCGACACUUUGCUGAAGAAGCUGCGAGUAUACCAGAUAUCCAGGCGACACUGUCAGAAGAGGCUAAGGAAGUAUAUAAUAGUCUGGUUGAGACACAGACAUUAGACAAUACGACGGACACAAAUCCACUUCGAAUGUUACGAUCUGGAUUACCAGUAAGACCUCGUGUACGUGGAAAUAAACAACUCAGUUUGGGUCUUACAGCACCGCAUAUUGACGAAAUCGUUGGAUUAUCUGAUAACAAUAAAUUGUCAACGGAUUUUUAUCACGUUGGAUCAUCAACAUUUCCAAAGAUGGGUGAAAUGUCGGUCAACAAUUCAUCCAUUUCUAUUUUUACUACACAAUCUUUAGAGCGACACAACUCAUUGAUGAAUAUUGAAAAUAGUCAGAGCCAAAAUAAUAUUGAAGAAAAUCCAAUUCCAUUACCGCCGCGUGACAGAUCAAGAACAUUGCAAUCUAAAUCAAAUUUACCGCGACAUCAACGAAAACAUCCAUUAAUUAUUCCUGGAGGUGGAAUUUCUCGAACGUUGGCUAAAGCCAUUGCAACAUCAUCAGCUGAAGAUCAGAUUGAUGGAGUGGCUCCUUCGUUCAAUUUAUCUAAUCCAAAUGUGUCUUUCUCCACGCCAAUGAUUCCAACAGCCAGUCAAACGCCGAAUGCAGCACCUAAUAGCCCAGAUGAAUUCGAACGACGCAUCGAUUCCGAAUUAUCAGCUUUAGACUCAUUGUCAAUAGAAAAUAAUUGUUUACAUCCCUGUGGAAUUAUAUCCGAAGAUUUACUUGAAAAUUCUGAUUUAUCAGAUGACAGUUUGAGAGAAAAUCAAUCUAAUGUUAACUGUGAUGCUGUUAAAAACUCAAAUUAUUUUAUAAAUUCCGAUAAUCCUCAGACUUUAAGUGAUAGGAAACCAUCAUUUGAUAAAAAAAUUGAAAAUAUUUCAGACAAUAUAAAUAUUGCAGAUGAUAAAAACAAUUCAAUGUCGAUAAAUGGAUUAGUUCAAGUAUCGAGUAGUUCUUUAGCGGCAGUUAAAUCUCAAGCAUCCUCAGAAUUGAACUAUGCAGUAAAUAAAACGACAAGUUCAUUGAAUCCGUUUGAUUCUAAUAUGACAGAGAAUGAAACAAAAACAAAUGUUGAAAAAAACAGUGAAUUUAAAAGUAAUACGACAGGUAAUGUAUCUAAAAUUCAAACUACAGACGAUAGAAGAGCACGUGUCAGUGAUCUUUGUCGACAAUCUGACCAUGUAUCAUGUGAAGAUUUACUUGAGUUUGCGUGUGACAGACCAAAUGUACUCAGAACUCGUGGUCCCCACAAUGGAGCACAAUCAGAUGAGGUUCGUAUAAUGUUGAAAGUUUUACAAGAUCAAUCAACACCUGAAUCCUGUGUCAAGGCUCUUGAUGUGGCCAAUUGGGACAUAUUAGCGGCUAUUAAAUUAGAACGUCUUCAAGCGUUGCUGAAAAAAGAACAUAAACUUUUACCUCUUGAAGAGUGCAAAAUUAUGCUGAAUCAAAGUGAUGGGGAUAUUGUUAAAGCAGCUGCUGCAAUUAAAAACACUGAUGACAGUACUGCAGUCUGAUUAAAAAAAAAUUUACGUUAAAAUUUAUUCAUAAAUUUUAAUUGUAAUAUUCAUUAUUAUUUAUUUACUUUUGUCUGUUGAAAUUUCAACUUUAUAAUCUGUGUUCAUAUAUAUUUAUAUAUAUAUGUAUGUAUAUAUAUAUUUAUAAUAUGUGGAAAGACAUACCAUUACCAUGAUCAUAAAUUAUUUAUUUAUUAAGUUUAUAUAUUAUUACAUCUCAGGUAAAACAAAUUCAAAAACUAGGCCGGAAAUUUGAAAAUUUUCUAUUAUAUAUUAAGUCGGUUGAACUUUUUCAAAGUUCUAUAAUUUCACUAAAAAAAAAAAAAAAAUACUAUGGCCGAAAAUAGGCCGGCUCUAUUUAUCGGCCUGAUUAUUGACUAACAAAAUUUCGGCCAACUUCGGGUUUUUCCGAUGAAAUUUUAUGGUUACGUGAUUCCGACCAGAUUUAGAGCUUUGAUUAUUUUUCGGCAAAAUAGUUUUACCUGGGAUCGUAGCGCAUUUUUAAGUUAUCAACUAUAUAUGAUACGAUAAUAUAAAUGUGGUCAUAUAAAAAUUAUUGACUUCCCAGUAGACUAAUUUAAUUUAUAGAUAUACAUAUUAAUUGUAUUUAAACUGUUGAAAAAAAAAAAAAUUAUUUUGGUUGAGUUACAUAACCUCUUAUGUAAAAGUUACAGGUUCGUUAGAUAAUUUCCAACAUUAUGAGAUUAUUAUUUUUAUUUUCAAUACACAGAAAACUUUAUGGUGAAAAUUAUCCAAAUAUUUUAGGUAACUGUAGGAUAAUUCUACUUUCUAAAGAAGUAAUCUACGAAUUUAAAUGAUGUUUCGUACAUAAAAAAAAUAUAUAUACUCCAAGAAAAGUACUUUACUAUACUACAUAGUGAUAUAUAUGAUUUAUUAGUAACAUUUAUUAAUUUAUUUUAAUAUUCGCAAUAAAUAAUAGAAAAAAAACCCGUGUGCCAGGAAAUUUAAAAAUUCGAACUUUUUUAAAAUUUUGUACUUCAUUGCAUAAUAUUUUGGUCCCAGUAAGUAGAGGUGGAUAGUUCCGGACCUGUAUAGUUCCAUGAAAUAUGUCUUUUGUCGGAGACGUAUCCAAUCGUUCCUCAAAAUUCACUUUAGUACACUCACUAGUUCUUUUUUAUCCGCCAAUGCCGUCAUUUACCAACAAGCAGUAAAGCAGCAGAAUAAUUUUAGAUUGGUGAUUUUUUAUGGAACUUUGAGUUGAAUAGCAAUCAUAAUUCAUUCUCUGUUUGGUAUAAAAUAAUAUAGUUUGUCGUGAAUGCGUCUUAAACACAUAGGUCGCAUAGCAUAAUGUUGUGUAUACUAGAGUAUUUUGUAUGUCUACGUUCUAAGUACUGAACUUUUAUGAGAUUUAAAAAUAUUAAAUAGUUCCACGGAUAUGAUUUCAGGAAACUAGUUCCUUCUCGCUCCAGAAACGUUCCAGGUUCAAUUCGAUAUGUUCCUGGAACUAUCCACCUCUACCAGUAAGAGAAAGAACCUCGGAAAUCGCCCCCACUAUCGAAAAUUUAUAAAGUGCGCAUGCGUAAAGAAGUGGGAGAUAUUUAGUACACAGAACAUUCAGAGUGGAAGUAAAAACCGAUGACACCCGAAGUCUAAUCUUUUGUCAGGAUGACAACAAUUAAAUAAAAAAAUUGUAAUUCGAGUGUUUUCGUAAAUAUUCGACUUUUUUCAUUUAUUCCGGAACCGAUAGGUUAAAAUGAAGCGAUUAAGUGACGCUUUGACGUAAAAACGAAUCCUUCUAUAUACUUUUCAUUAUUAUUUUAGGAUAUUUAAUUAAAUAUUCUAAAUUAUAUUCGGUAUAAAAAAUUUCUAUAUUAUCGGUAAUUUUCACCAUAAAUCCAUACUGCCCUUACAAUACUAUUUGUGUAGUAAUUUUAUAGUAGAUUUUUUUUCGUAAAAAAUACUUACUGAAAAAAUCUCUGUAUUAAAAAUGGCUUUAAGGUUGUAGCAAAGCUUGACGAUUAAAAAAUCAAAGAUACUUUAUAAUUUAAUAAUACGAAAUAAAUUUUUAGUUUAUUUUUAAGGGCCAUUAGAGUGAAAUUUAUUUAUUUCACGUGAAUUUUAUGAAAAUAUUUAACUACUAGACUUAUUGGAGGAAAAAGUCCGAUCUUUACGUAGAGAAAAAAAUAUUCAAUACAUAUCUAAACUGUGAGAAACUUUUUAUAUAUUAGCUUGUAUGUUUUUGAUGAUUCAUUUGAAUAUUUAAAUCAAUGGCAAUCAAUAUUAUAAAAAAAUACGAAAUAAUAAUUUAAUUGUUUUGUGUACUUUUAUAUAUUUGUAUGUUUAAUGAAACGACUACUUAUCAAAACCAAAAAAUUAAAAAACAAAAUAAUUUCUUCCAUACACUCUUGUAAAAAAAGUCCUUCCAAAAAUAUUCCAAAAAAGUUUGAUGUGUAGAACUUCUAAACUCGAUACAGAUUAAAACUUCGAUGAAAUUAUUGAUUUAUACACUGAAAAGUUCCAAAGUCGCCACAUUUGGACCUUUAACCCAUAUAACAAUCUUGUUCAAGGUUUGAGCAAGCCUGGUCUCAAGUUCAAUAAACAGUGUCUUUUCCUACCUAUGUGUCUUGCUGCAGAUACUUGUGGAUAGAUUUCAAUAGUCAGUCUAGUGCCAGCCUUACACAAGAAAUUCGUACCGAUUAAAAUUGUAGUUACUACAAUGGCAGCUGUAGUUGAGGUUACUACAAGUUGGAGUAAAAAAUUGUCAGCUCCAACUUGGAAUAACCUCAACCACAUGUGCAGUAACGCCAACUACAAUCAUCUAUGUUCACUACAAUAUGUAGUUGUCAGUACUAUUUAUGUAGUAUCCUUUACUACAUACUAAAGUACCCAUUACUACAAUAUAUUACUACAGUAUUGUGGUUGGAAGAACCACAAAUUUUUUUCCGUAGUGCACAAAUUUCUAUAUUUUGAAGUAUUUAUUAUUUGCAAUGAUAAACACAAAAAAAUUGUGGUUAUUCCAACGACAAUACUGUAGUAAAACAUUGUAGUAGUGGGUACGCCAAUGUAUAGUAAAGGAUACUAUGUAAAUACUACUGACUACUAAAUAUCGUAGUAAAUAUUGACGAUUGUAGUUGGCGUUACUGCAUGUGUGGUUGAGGUUACUCCAAGUUGAAGUUGGAAUUUCUUUACUCUUGUAGUAACCUCAACUACAGAUGCUGCUGUAGUAACUACAAUUUUUUUUGUGCAAGCUUUAAUUUUUAAAAACCGAGAGAAAAAUUGGAAAUUUGUUUGAUGAGCUGCGAACAUCGUUUCCUUAGACCCCCCCCUCUCCAUAAGUGCGAACGUAUUUUAUAAAUGGCACCUGUCAAACUUUUUUAGAAUCUUUUUGGAAUGAAUUUUUUUACAUGGGCAUAAGAUAUUGUGUUAUCUAUCGUUUAGUUUUAUAUAUUUAUAUAUAUAAAUAUAUAUUCUAGUUGUGAUUGAUGCCAUAUUGUAUAUAAUAUGGUAUUUCUAGUUGUUUACUAAUUGCUUAUGUAGAUUUUUUCUGCAUAUAUUUACUGUUUGGUUAUGAAAAAAAAA